UUAGUCAUUCUUCUUCUUCUUCACCUCCUUCUCUUGUCCUGUGUAAGUAACUGUAACUAUUAGGUCUUCAUGGCGACGAGAUUGAAUAGAUUGGGCAGAUGGCUUUCGAUUUUCAAGAGGGGAUUUUCAAGUUCCGCUGAUGAACAUAAGCUCCAACAAAGCGGCAAAACUGUCAAUCUCUUUACUGCAAUUAACCAAGCGCUGUCCGUCGCGCUGGAAACCGAUCCUCGUGCUUAUGUCUUUGGAGAAGAUGUGGGAUUUGGUGGGGUUUUUCGCUGCACAACAGGAUUGGCUGAUCAAUUUGGUAAACACAGGGUUUUUAAUACUCCUCUUUGCGAACAGGGGAUUGUUGGAUUUGGUAUUGGUCUUGCAGCAAUGGGAAAUCGAGCAAUUGCUGAGAUUCAGUUUGCAGAUUAUAUUUUUCCCGCUUUUGAUCAGAUUGUCAAUGAAGCAGCAAAAUUCAGAUACCGGAGUGGGAACCAAUUCAAUUGUGGGGGCUUGACAAUAAGAACCCCGUAUGGAGCUGUAGGCCAUGGUGGCCAUUAUCACUCACAAUCUCCAGAGGCUUUCUUCUGUCAUGUACCAGGUCUCAAGGUUGUUGUUCCUCGAAGUCCAUAUCAAGCAAAAGGAUUGUUGUUGGCAUGCAUACGUGACCCAAACCCCAUUAUCUUUCUUGAGCCAAAGUGGCUCUACCGUUUGGCAGCAGAAGAGGUUCCUGAGCAUGAUUACAUGUUGCCACUAUCCCAAGCGGAGGUGAUUCGUGAGGGUAAGGACAUAACUCUUGUUGGUUGGGGUGCCCAGCUUUCAGUCAUGGAACAGGCCUGUGUUGAUGCUGAAAAGGAUGGAAUUUCUUGUGAGCUGAUCGACCUUAGAACUUUGAUACCUUGGGACAAAGAAACAGUAGAAGCAUCUGUCAAAAAGACUGGGAGGCUUCUUGUUAGUCAUGAAGCUCCAGUGACUGGAGGAUUUGGUGCUGAAAUCUCUGCAUCCAUUACUGAACAGUGUUUCUUGAGGUUGGAAGCACCUGUAGCCAGAAUUUGUGGCCUUGACACUCCAUUCCCUCUGGUAUUUGAACCUUUUUAUAUGCCGACAAAGAACAAGAUCUUGGAUGCAAUUAAAGCAACUGUAAAUUAUUAGAACAAGUAAUUCUGCUUGUAUAGUUGUUUGUCACAUAUCUAAGGUUGCUUGAACUGCCUCCUCUAUAAAUGCUUUGCCCCAAGGUGAAAGGGGAACAUGAAAAAUGGAAAUCUGCCGUUGCA